AUGGCAUCUGGCCAGCAGGGGGUGGGGGGCUUCUCGUUCAGUGCCGGCUUGAUUGCUGGGUCCAGCCACACAGCAGGGUCUUCCAUUCUCGUUCUGUGGACUUCUGUAAUGCUGAAAACGACCGGCCUGGUGUGCCUGUGGGUGACACGGUUAGGUGGGAUGCUGGUCUUUGUCACAGCCACUCAACCAGCCCUCAAACCAGCGAUGCCUCCAGUGAUCAAGGACCAACCUUUCAACAUCUUUUGGGCUGCCCCAACAGUGUAUUGUAAGGAUUUCUUCAACGUGAACCUGAAUCUUCAAGUAUUUAACAUCAUAUCUAAUCCCUUAGGGACUCAGAGCGGAUCUACCAUUACCAUAUUUCAUCCAAAUGAGCUGGGAUAUUACCCAUAUUUUUCCCAGGAUGGAAAAUCCUUUCAUGGAGGGAUACCACAGAAUGCAAGCCUUUCUGAACAUCUGAAGAAAACUGCUGUGGACAUUGUGGAAGCUGUUCCUUGGUGGAGAUCAGAAGGACUUGUUAUUAUUAACUGGGAAAGUUGGAAACCCCAGUGGGAUAGGAAUUGGGGCAGCAGAAUAAUAUAUAAAAAUUAUUCUUUAGCUUUCACUAGACACCAUCAUCCAGGUUGGUCAGAAACAAAAGUGAAAAUGACUGCCCAACAGGAAUUUGAAAAUGCUGGAAGGAGUUUUAUGAAUGUUACUCUCACACUUGCUUUAGAACUGAGACCAAAACGUUUAUGGGGCUUCUAUCUCUACCCAGAUUGCUAUAAUUAUGACUACCGGAUAAAUCCAGACUUCUACACUGGGAGCUGUCCAGAUGAUGAAAGUUUCCAUAAUGACCAACUCCUCUGGCUGUGGGAAAAAUCUACAGCACUUUAUCCUUCAAUAUAUUUGAACAAAGUACUUAAAUCAAGUUUAAAUGCAUUAAAAUUUGUUCAUUAUAGAGUCAGAGAAGCCAUGAGAAUUGCAGAAAUGGCUAGACCUGACUAUGUUUUGCCAGUUUUUAUUUUUUCCAGGCCAUUUUAUUUGCAUAGUAUAGAGGAUCUAUCAGAGGAGGACUUAGUGCACACAAUUGGUGAGAGCGCUGCGCUGGGGGCGGCAGGCGUGGUACUGUGGGGAGGACCUGAGUAUUCCGCGUCAAAGGAGACCUGCUUAUCUGUGCAGAAAUCUAUUAAUGGCUCACUGGGCCCCUAUGUUGUGAACGUGACUUCUGCAGCGAAGCUCUGCAGUCGAAGCCUGUGUAACAGUCAUGGGAGAUGUGUUCGGAAGACACCAGCAGCCUCCUCUUACCUACAUCUGCCUGAAAACAGCCGCAAGAAAUAUGUCGCAGGCAAGAGCUUCCAAUUUGUCCUCUCUCAGAAGAGUAAACUGAAGAUGGUAGCGGAGAUGAAGGAGGAGUUCAGGUGUCACUGUUAUGAUGGCUGGCAGGGACAGUCUUGCCACUUUCUCUCCCCAGAUCUCUUGGGUCGGAAGAACAUGGCUUCUGUGACUAGACUUAAUUCAUCACUUCUCCUUGACAUAACCUUGUCUGUAAUUCUGCUGGCUUUUUUCAUGCCCUACCUGUAA